AUGUUUGGUGCUCAAGGUGCUUCUCAGUUUGGGGGAGCUUCUACUGCUGCUACACCAUUUGGAUUAGGUGCUGUUUCUACUCCGGCCUUUCCUGCUGCAACUAAACCUGCUGCAUUUGGCUUUGGAUCAUCAGCUCCUACCUCUACUGCGCCAUCGUUGUUUGGAGCAGCUCCAGUUCAAACAGCAGCACCAUCGUUGUUUGGAGCAGCUCCAGUUCAAACAGCAGCACCAUCGUUGUUUGGAGCAGCUCCAGUUCAAACAGCAACACCAUCGUUGUUUGGAGCACCCGCAGCGACCAUAUCCACGGGAUUUGGAAACCCAUCUGGUUUAGGUACUGCAACGUUAGUACCAAAAGCUACCACUUCCUCAUUACCUAUGUUUGGUAAUACUGCACCCGCUGCAGCGGGUGGAUUUGGUUUAUUUGGGCAACCAGCAGUCACAGCCACCCCUGUAGCUUCUGGUCUACAAUUAACUGAAAAAACCAAAUAUUCCGAAGUUCCAGAAAAUGUGCGCCAAAAGAUUGAUGAGAUUGAACGCUUUAUUCAACAGCAAAUCCAUGCUUCAGAUUCAAUUGGCAUCUCAACGACUGAUGGCUCUACCGCGUCAGUCUCUGAUGAAGCAGUGUCGAUCAUGCAGCGACUUGUUGGUGCACGAAAUCUGAUUGAACGUGACUCGCAUGUUUUUGAAAAUCUCAAAAAGCAAGUGAGUCAAGAGCAUAGAAACAUUGAUCUUGCAUCUCGGUUUAUUGAGCGUGCACAGAAUGGAGUGCAGGCAAAAUUUUCAUCACCUCACCAAGACGCCUACUCAAAUUAUUUUACGACAUUUGCAAAUGAUUUGGAGCAAAGAAUGCAGAUUUAUCGUCAAAACAUUGAAGAAAUUGAGCUCAAUGUACGAAAUUUGAUGAUUUCACCAACAAAAUGCACACCACAAGUUAUUCAGGAUAUCAUUCGAGACCAGUACCAAGGCUUUGUUACUAUUGCUGGCAGAGUAGCACAGCUGCAUGAUCAAAUUGACCGUGAAUGUAGCAAAUUUGCCAAGUUUCAGCAGCGUUAUCUUGGCGAAUCCAAAGGAGUCCGUGUUUCGACUGAUGCAUAUUCUACACAGUUACAAUACCAAUCAUACCCACAAUUGAAUCCCGCACAACAAACUCGAGGUGGUAUAUCAGGAUAUAAUGCGACUGGAAAUGAGGCUACCCCACUUGCAGUCAUUGCUAGUACUCUUCAGCCUACAGUUCAACAAGGAAAUCGACAAGUAGUAGCAUCGAAUCCAGGAAAUCCAGCUCCUAGUAUGUUUGGAGGAUUUGGUGGUGGUGUGGGAGGAUCUACACUUGGACAGCCAAACGGAUUAAAUGCAUUCAGCACGCCAACCACAGUACGUACUAUGAGUACAGGACCACAAGUUUUUGGAAAGCGAUCCAAAACCUGA